CUAUGGCAACAGAAAGACGGAGGAACAACGGAUCAGAAGCAUUAAUGUUCGACGUUGUGCAGUGAACACUAUGUAGUAAUUCCGAUCGAAUUUCAAUAUCUUCUCGACUCCGCUUCUUCACAAAUUUGGACUUGACACGACAUGCUUCUGACAUGAAUAACUUGAAAUAAAGUAACCGAAAAAUUUUGGAGCGUAACUGGCGUAUAAAAGUAACAAGAUGUUCAAAAAGAAGAAACGUGGGGGUGACAAGGAGAAGAAAGUACGGAAGAAGGCUGUAAACGAACGAGAAACUGUGUCUUACGAGCAACAAAUUCUAGACAACAAUAGACAAUUGUCACGACUACGCAGCCGAAAUGAGGAGCUCGAGAUCGAGGUGAAGAAUUUGAUGAAGAAAUUCGAGCAGUUGAAAGAGGAUCGAUCGGACGUCGUGGCGCAUCUGAAGCGAGACCUGGAGGGAAAGAUAGAGGAGGCCCGCGAGUUGAACGAACGUUUGUUGGCCUUGGAAGAGCUGAGAAAGCAGGAGCAAGCCGAGUACAAAAAGAGGGAAAGCGCAAUGGAACAGGAGUUCCGUACUAUGGAAAGCAAUUUAAGCGCCGAAGUGAAACUCGCAGCUGGUAAGUUGAACGCGUUGGAAGACUGGAGAUUGGCCCGUUUGGAUUUGAUGCGCAAGUUUGAGGUGCAGGAAGAGGAAAUGGCGAAACAAGAGGAAUUGCACAAGACGACGCUCUACGAAACGGAGAAAUCAGUCAUUGUUGCCAAGGCUAAAAUGCAAAAGGAUAUGGAGGAACGAUUGAAGCAGCUUGCUCGGGAAUUCAAGGAAGCGACGAACGUCCGUAUAGCGGACGUGAUGCACAACGCGGUCAGGAGGAACAUCGCGCUUAACCACGAGCUGAAUUCGAUGUUGAAGGUCUGCCAGGACCUGGAAACGCAGAGCUCAGAGUACAAGGAGACCGAUCGCGCGCUCAGGCUGCAGUGCGAGCUGCUCGAGGGCGAGGCCAGGAUCGCGCAGGAGGACGCGAUGAGGCACAGACGUGCGAUGCACGAACUGGCCGAGGAGCACGUGGACACGAUCCUCGAGUACGGGCGAGUACAACGCCAGAACGCGAGGCACCUCAAUUACGAGCAAGCGAUGGACGAGUACAAAGCGAGGUGCGUGGAGUCGGAGGAGAGGGUGAAGGUCCUCGAGCAACGUUUGCAGGAGACCAAGAGAGCCCGGGAGGAGGUCCUGAAGGAAGUGCGGAAGAAAUGCGAGGAGUUUGAUAAAUUGAACACGAUCUUGAACGAAGCCAAACAGUGCGUCCUGGAAGCGUUACAGUUGCAAGAGCACGUCUGCACGAGCGAUGUUUGUACUUCGUGUUGCGCCGAUCAGAAACAGAAGAUCAUUUAUUCGCUCCAGAAUAUACUCGAGAAGCAUAACAUUUCUGACAUAAUGGAAGACGAUGAUUCACAGGUAAAUAAAAUGCGCAAUACAAUGCCACGCAAUUCAAGGCAUAUACACAGCUGGAAUAAUAUAGCAUCGCUUCAACACUUUGACAUACAUUCCAUUAAUAUUAUUUUAAAAAUUAAUAAUUAGAAAACUUCCAGAAAUUUAUAAGCAACACGUUUGAGAGGGUUGUCGCUUAACGCAUUUCUUGGCUAAAUUCAUAAUUUUUAUAUUUACAUAUAUAUACAAAAUAUAUAACUAUAAAACGAUUUUUAUUUUAGAUUCU